UGACCGUAGCGGCUGCCUGUACAGUAAGGACCCAAUAUGGCAGCGGCGGUAGCAGUGGUAACGGCAGCAGGAGGACCGGCCGCCCCAUAGACCGCCCCCCGCGCACCACCCCCGCCGCUUCCUCUGCUUGGGUGCUCCUCCGGCCUGACUUCCCCUUUCUCCCAUCUUUCCCGGCACCGCGGGAAAAACAGCGCAGGGCAGAGCAGGCAGGGAGGGCGGCCGCAGCCCGGACACGGGAGCCUCCCAGUCAGUUCAAGACCCGACAUGAGGGAAAAGGGCCGUAGGAAGAAGGGCAGGACCUGGGCGGAGGCCGCCAAGACGGUCUUAGAAAAAUAUCCCAAUACACCCAUGAGUCAUAAAGAAAUUCUUCAAGUUAUCCAGAGAGAAGGACUAAAAGAAAUCAGAAGUGGAACUUCCCCUCUUGCAUGCCUGAAUGCAAUGCUGCACACAAACUCCCGAGGUGAAGAGGGCAUCUUCUACAAGGUUCCAGGUAGAAUGGGAGUGUAUACUUUGAAGAAAGAUGUGCCGGAUGGGGUGAAAGAGCUAUCAGAAGGUUCAGAAGAAAGCAGUGAUGGUCAGUCAGAUUCCCAGAGUUCUGAGAACAGCAGCAGCAGCAGUGAUGGUGGCAGCAACAAGGAGGGAAAAAAGAGCAGGUGGAAAAGGAAAGUAUCGUCUAGACUGUCACAACCUUCCUCUCCUCAGUCAGGCUGCCCAUCACCCACCAUUCCAGCAGGUAAAGUCAUUUCUCCGUCACAGAAGCACAGCAAGAAGGCACUAAAGCAGGCUCUAAAACAGCAACAGCAGAAGAAACAGCAGCAGCAGCAAUGCAGGCCAAGCAUGUCCAUCUCCUCCAACCAGCACCUCUCUCUGAAGACUGUCAAAGCAGCCAGUGACUCUGUAGCUGCCAAACCUGCAAUAUGGGAAGGAAAGCAAUCUGACGGACAGUCAAGCAGCCCUCAGAACUCAAACUCUAGCUUUUCUUCUUCAGUUAAAGUGGAAAAUCCUUUGCUAGGCCUGGGAAAGAAGUCAUUCCAGAGGUCUGACAGGCUUCACACAAGGCAAAUGAAGAGGACUAAAUGUGCUGAAAUUGAUGUUGAGACACCAGACUCCAUUCUGGUUAAUACAAACCUACGAGCACUAAUCAACAAACACACCUUUUCAGUCCUUCCUGGAGAUUGCCAACAGCGACUGCUUCUACUACUUCCAGAGGUGGAUCGACAGGUUGGUCCAGAUGGUCUGAUGAAGUUAAAUGGCUCAGCCCUUAAUAAUGAAUUCUUCACUUCAGCAGCCCAAGGCUGGAAGGAAAGACUUUCAGAAGGUGAGUUUACACCUGAGAUGCAGGUGAGAAUUCGACAAGAGAUUGAGAAGGAGAAAAAAGUAGAGCCUUGGAAAGAACAAUUCUUUGAAAGCUACUAUGGUCAGAGUUCUGGCCUGAGCCUUGAAGAUUCAAAGAAAUUGACAGCUUCACCCAACGAUCCCAAAGUAAAGAAAACCCCAGCUGAGCAACCAAAAUCCAUGCUUCCUUCAGAGGCCUCUCCUGUCAGUAUAGUCCCAGUAAUUCCCCAGUUAGUGUCUAAAGAAGAAGUACUGCAACUGCCAUCACCAGUCAGAAAAGAAGAGCAUGAAAGCCAAGAUAAGAUGCAGCCAAACUCCAAAUCCCCAGAGCCCCUACUUUCCUCAGCUACCAAUACAAAUGAGCUUAGCAGCGUUCCUCCCAUCAAGUGCCCAAAGGAUGAGGCUCUCUUGGAGCAAAAGCCAGUUGCCUCUGCUGAACAGGAGCCUGAGAAAGAGAAUCAUCUCACUACAACUUCAAAUUAUAACAAAAAUGAAAGCCAAGAAGCUUUAGUUACAUCCCUGAGCAAACCCAAGAGCCCUGGGGUAGCAACAACAGUAGUGAAGCCCAUAGUGGAAGCAGGUCUACAGGAGACCGCUGUGAAAGAGCCUCCGUCAGCUCUGGCUGAUCACAGCCCAGAAAGCCUCAAGAGGAAAUCUUCUGUCACCCAAGAAGAGGCCCCUGCAAACUGGGAGAAAAGACCGCGUGUCACUGAGAAUCGCCAGCACCAGCAGCCAUUUCAAGUCUCCCCACAGCCCUUUCUCAGUAGAGGGGACAGGUUCCAGGUGCGGAAAGUACCACCUCUCAAGAUCCCGGUCUCCAGAAUCUCCCCCAUGCCGUUUCCUACAUCGCAGGUCUCUCCCAGGGCUCGUUUUCCAAUCUCCAUCACUAGUCCUAACAGAACAGGAGCCAGAACUCUCGCAGACAUCAAAGCAAAAGCCCAGCUGGUCAAAGCACAGAGGGCAGCAGCUGCUGCUGCAGCCGCAGCUGCUGCAGCCGCCUCAGUUGGAGGGACCAUUCCAGGACCUGGCCCAGGGGGUGGACAAGGUCCAGGAGAGGGGGCUGAAAGGAGAACUGCUAGAGGAGGGAGUCCAGACUCAAACAGAGUCAGUGAAACUGGAAAGGGCCCCACACUGGAACUGGCAGGAACUGGAAGCAGGGGAGGUACGAGAGAGCUUUUACCCUGUGGUCCAGAGACUCAGCCCCAAUCUGAGACCAAGACCCCAGGCCAGGCACAGUCUCACAGUGUCUCUGGAGCACAACUACAGCAAACCUCCUCAGUGCCUCCACCAUCUGCCAUCAGUGGAGCGUGCUCAAGUGUCCCGUCACCAGCCCACGCUAACACACCCCCACCAGCUUUAGGGAAAGUAAGUAAUGAAAAACUGAAUCCCUCCAGGGCGGCAGCCACGGUGGCCUCUCUUAGCCACCCACAGGGGCCCAGUAAUGGUAGGCAGGAGAAAGCACCUCCUACUCCAGCAGAUCCUGCUCUAAUCGCAGGUGCCUCACCUGUUCAUUUUGCAGUCGAUGGCACAGUUGAGCCCAAAGCAGGUUCUAGUAAGAAUACACCAAACCCUCCAGCCUCGGCAGAGAUAAGUGCUAGUGCUUCAGUGGAUAUGACUCCCUCCCCUUUAACAUCUUUAUUAACAACAGCCUCUUUAGAGAAGCUUCCUGUACCCCAGGUCGUUGUAACCAUAGCACCUACUGGAUCAGCUCCAUCCUCGAGCACUUUGCCAGCAGCUUCUAGCCUUAAGACCCUGGGAGCUUCUUCAAGUAUGAAUGGACCCAUUUCGAGGCCAAGCUCUAAUAUCCCUGCUAAUAAUCCUUUGGUAACUCAGCUGCUGCAAGGCAAAGAUGUUCCCCUGGAGCAAAUUCUGCCUAAACCUCUCACCAAAGUUGAAAUGAAAACUGUUCCACUAACUACAAAAGAGGAAAAGGGGAUGAUGAUAGGAGCACUCGCAGGUACCAGCGUAACAGAAAAUAGCACCAGAGAGGAAGUUAAUGAGAGACAGUCCCAUCCAGCUACACAGCAACUGGGUAAAAGUUUGCAAAGUAAGCAGCUCCCCCAGGUUCCAAGACCCCUUCAGCUCUUUUCAGGUAAGGAUCUAAGGGACGCUAGCAUUGACACACACCAAUACCAAGAAGGACUAAGUAAAGCAACCCAAGAUCAGAUCCUUCAGACACUCAUCCAAAGGGUUCGGAGGCAGAAUGUUCUCUCGUUUGUGCAGCCCUCCCAGUUCAACUUCACUCACUCAGGUUUCCAGUUAGAGGACAUCUCCACAAGCCAGAGGUUUAUGCUGGGUUUUGCUGGCAGAAGGACAUCCAAGCCUGCAAUGGCAGGUCACUACUUACUUAACAUUUCCACCUAUGGCCGGGGUUCAGAGAGCCUUAGGAGGACCCAUUCUGUAAACCCCGAAGACCGAUUUUGUCUAAGUAGCCCCACUGAGGCCUUGAAAAUGGGAUAUACAGAUUGUAAAAAUGCAGCAGAAGAUAGUAGCAGCGGUAAAGAAGAUGAUACUGAUGAGGAAAGUACUGGUGAUGAGCAAGAAUCUGUCAUGGUGAAGGAGGAGCCGCAGGCUUCCCAGAGUUCUGGCAAGUGUGAAGCAAGUUCAGGACCCCACAGUAGAGAAACCCUAUCCACCAGUGACUGUUCAGCUAAAAAGAAUGUGAAGGCAGAGACACCAGUGCCUGAGCAAACCACUUUAAGCAAGGAAAAUUACCUGUUCACUAGAAGCCAAACAUUUGAUGAGAAGACCCUAGCCAGAGAUUUUAUUCAGGCAGCACAGAAGCAGAUGGCUCACGCGGCGAGAGGUAAGACCGUGCGGAGCAGCCCCGAGCUUUUCAAUUCUACUGCUCUUCCUCUACCUGCAGACAGUCCUACCCAUCAGUCUCUACUCCUUCCACCGCUGCAAACCCCAAAGCUGUAUGGAAGCCCCACACAGAUUGGGCCAAGCUACAGAGGCAUGAUCAACGUCUCCACCUCAUCGGACUUGGACCAUAACUCCGCCGUAGCGGGGAUGCCUGACUGUAGCCAGGUACCUAGCAAUGUCGGGGAUGUCAUGUCCUUUUCAGUGACUGUCACGACCAUCCCUGCUGGCCAAGCUAUGAAUCCGAGCAACCACGGCCAGACCAUUCCUGUUCAGGCCUUUCCUGAAGAGAACAGCAUAGAGGACACACCUUCGAAAUGUUACUGCCGAUUGAAAGCCAUGAUCAUGUGCAAGGGGUGUGGAGCCUUCUGCCACGAUGAUUGCAUUGGCCCCUCCAAACUGUGUGUCUCCUGCCUUGUCGUUCGGUAAUGAGACUAGAAGGAGAACACACUGUAAAGGAGGCAGGAAGGGGGAAGGGUUGACAGAUGUGGUUUUUGAGUUCUUUUGGAAUCACAGAAAUAAACUAGGUUUCAGUUGUCUUAAGAGACAAGUGUUACUUAAUCAGGAAUACAGAGUACAGAUCUUACAUUUUAGAGGAAAAGCACCUUGUAUAGUAAGUCCAAGUCAAGCAAGACUUUGUGAACUUGUGACAAGUUUGCACUUACAAAAUCAUGUAAAUAUGUCACAUCUUGUUUUAAGAUUUUUCCAGGUGUUGAGGUAAUAAUGUAUUACUUUGACUUCAGAUUGAUGUUCCACUUCAUGUGACUUUGAAAAGUUUAAUGCCAUGCAUGGUGAAAGGAAGCGAUUUCCCUUCUGCCCUUUCUUAAGAGGCUAGGAAAAGAAAGGAGUGAGGGAAUGGUCUGAAGAAAUGACCAUGUUGAUUAUGUCUUGACUGUCUGACUGCAGGCUUUACAUAGGUUAUUCAGCCUUCGCAGGAGUGGAUUCAGGGUUUACACCGUCCCUUUACCUUAGAUGGAACCUUCUCAAGUUCAAAUUUUUGGUGAUAAGGUAUUAAUUUCACAGGCAGUACUUCAGACUCUGAAAAUUCUGACUUGGUUCUUGGCUUCCAUGAACCAGUACUAUUGCCAGGCACUCUGCUUGCAGUUUGCGGAUCCCUGCUGUUCCCUAAUCCCACUCCCUUGCCCUGAAGCAGGGAGUGUGGUCCAUGAAAAGUUUGCCUCACUGGGCCCCUUGGGUUACCAUCACCUGUGCAGGGCAGUAAUUCCAGCAAUAAUCUCCGAGGAUUUAGUCAUUCGUGGGAGCUUACAAACAAGUUUGAAAUACUAGUAUAAAAUUAACAGAAAAGUGUUAGGGCGAUUUGAACUAUGUGUUUUGUUGGGUAAGCAGAGUAAAGGCGCAGAAACUGUUGAACUGAACGUGAAGAACUUUGGAAAACAAUUUUAACACUAGAAACAAAGUAGCCCCUCUCAUCCUCUUCUCUCCCAACCUGUUACCUAAUGUUCUACAGUCAGCUGUUGCUACAGGUAGAAAAACUCAUUAAUACCACAUUUGCCCAUUCUGUUAAACCUGUUUUGACCUCCCGGGCAUCUGAGGAAUAUGGGAGUAAUCUUAUGUAUUACUCUGAACAUACACGUGUGCGUGCACACACACACACACAGUAAAAGUCAGACAUUUUUCCUGUUUUAGAAAACAUGUCCCCUUUCUUGGACUACUCUCUACGCACUAGAAAUUUCUAAUGUAAAGGGGCUUUAGUGAAAGACUUAGGGAACAUCUAGAAAGGAAAAGAAAUCAGCUGCAAAUUUUUAUUGUUUGUUUUUGUUUAUUCUUUUUUGUUUCCUUUUUGUUGAAUCCUGUCUCUAGUGACUAAAGAAUUUUUGAGUACAUACAUUUGGGUCAUGGUUAAAGAACAUUAAAAUAAAUCUACAGUUUACCAGAAUUCGGUAUUAAAAAGUUGGGGAUUGUCAGUGUGCAUCAUUUGCAUAUUGAUUUCAAAUCUCCUAAUUUCAUGUAUGUAAAGGACAUAUAUUAUUAGUGCAACCUAGUACAGUCAUAGUUGUACUUAAUAUUCAGGAUGUGAUAUAUACAAAAUGCAGAACAGUUUAAAACUCGUUAACUAAGUCACAUUCCAGAUUAGGGGCAAGUAGGCAGUAGUAAUUUUAGCUUUGCACCCAUUCUGCUACCCACCCCUCCCUACCUCACCUCCUGCAUUAUACAUACACUCUUUCAAUACUUUCAAACCCCAUAAGAAACUAUUUACUUCUAUUUUUUAUUUUUUGUUUCUGAGUUUUUUGUGGCCCAAAGCAAAUAUAGGAUUAAUAUCUGUGUUCUCGUUUCAGCCAAGAUAAUUUGAUGUCCUUCUAACUUCCCUUUUUCUUCCAGCACACACAUAGCUAAGAGGUAAGAAAUCUGUCAGGAUCCAGGGAUAAGGAGCAAGUUCUCCAACCAAUAACCAGUAGGAGUCAGAAACCAUGGUUCUGUUCCCAAACUUUCAGUGCCCUGGGUAAUCCCAGGGGGUGUUAAAAAGACCUAUUGCCAGUUAAAACUCUCCAUUCCCAGCUUCCUCACUCCCCACUUGAGUGGCAGGACUGAGGGGUGGUCUGCCUGCCGGAAGUGGUUGACUGUUUCAGAACCGACCCCACGGUGAGCACGAGUUAACCAAUUUGGAUUUUCAAAAUGAUUUUUCUUCUUCACACCUUUCCUAUCAUAGAAAGUCUCUCCUCCAUGGUUCUCUUAAUCUGAGGAUGGACAGACUAACCAGGAAGGGAGGAAAGGCAUCAGGGAUUUUCAAGUCCAUUUAGAGAGCAAACCAUAUCGUGCCUAUUCAUCUUGACCCAGGCUCUUGCAGAUUAGGUCCUAAGCAUUACUAUUCACCAGAUUCUCUUUACAAAUAAUACCCAGCUAAUAAAAUAUUCAGUAAAUCGUCAACUAGGUACAACUGCCUCACUCUUGACUGAAUGAGAGAACAGUUAGAUUCUCUUAGAUUGGUAGAAAAUUGAAUGCAAUCUAUCAGUUGGUUUCAAAACGGUUUCACAUAGAAGGUCAUUCAUUUUAUGUGCUGACUGAGCUGAAAAGAAAAGAAAAAUUACAAUCUGGCCCUUUGGAAAAUGAAGCAGUAGGAACAAGAAAACCUUUAAAUUAUUAGAAUAUGGUAUUCCAGUACCUUUAAAGCAGUUUUUAUCUUAGGUUUUCAGUUACUUUACCUUUCAAUUCAGUCUGAAAUGUUUCUAAUAAGUGCUAAGCUUAUUUUUAUGGUAUUAAGUUGCACUAUUUCCAGUGACUAGUCAGGCAUUAUGCCUGAUGCUUAUGCCUCCAGGGUAUGCUUCUCAAGCCUUCAGAUAACCUUCCACUUCAGGUCACCUUGGGGAGGUGGCAUUAACAAUAUAUCAUCUCAGUCUUACUUGCGAAUGUUCUAAGUUGUCUAGUAGAGAAGACUCCCUAAAUUUUAAAGAAUUUUUAUUAAAAUUCUCCAUCCUAUUAGACAGAAAAUGAAGCCAAAAUAACCUGGAGUUGUUUGCCCUACGUAACCCCUGUGUUGAAGAUACUGAAGCUGUCUGUGGUACCCCAUGUAACAUCUUUAAGAAUAAGGUCUGGCAGAUGGGAAAUUUUUCUUGGGGCAGGGGAAGCAUACUUAUAUGGGCUGGGAAGGCACACAGUGUAGAUAUUUUAGGAGUUAGCACAGAUUUAAAUAAAUAGCCAAAGGAAGACGUCAUUGCCUUCCAGGUGAAGGCAUAAAUUCGUACAUUAAUAAUUGGACCGUUUACCAUCCUAAUUGCUCUUAUUACCUUUCUUCACCUAAGAGUCCUUGAAGAACUCUUGGGUGAAAUUAUUUGUUAUAAUGAGGGGGUCUUCUCUGGUCAUUACAUCACUAUUUGUUUCUAGAGCUCAUUGUCAGUAAGCAGUACCAGGGUUGUUUUCUCUGUGACCUAGAGAUUUCACAGCAAGGAGAGAAAAGUCUCCCCGUUGCAUUACAACAGUGUGCUAAGUAAAAAAACUUGGCCAAGGGUAGUUUGCAGCUCAAUUUAUAGAAUAGUCCAAAGAGACUCCGAGAAACAUGAUGAUAGGCAGGGAUCUUUCCUACCGUGUUUCAAUACCUACAUAACCUAUUGAAAGAGAACAAUAGGUAAAACAGUUCCUAAAGUUGGAAGUAAGACCUUCAUAGAUUCUUGGUUACUUAUUUUUUUUAAUGCUUUACAUUUGAUACAACUAUUAAAGAUCAAUUUUAAAAAUAGCUUUCCAGUAAUAUAUUUUAAGUAAUAUAUAUUUUAAUAUCUAUGUAAAAAGUGACAGUGGGAGACUUUGAAUUUCUCAUAUAAGGUAUGUUUAAUGUAGGGCCUCACUGUUAAGGCACAAAUUAUUUCAAAGGAAGUUACUCUAAAGACACUCAGAUUAUUUCCAAAAAAAUGCAAUAAGGGGAAGAGUUUUGGAGUUUAUUUUUUAUUUUAAUAGAAAAUUGACUUAUUUACCACAAGCUAUUUUUUUUUCCUUCUGGCUAAAAGGUUUGUACAGACUGGUUUGGUAAAUGCUAAACUUUUGUGUCUUUUGCCUUUUUAAAGGAAUUGUUAACAUUGGAAUUGAGGGUAUGUACAGAGAAGUUGGUGUCAACACCAUUUAAAAAGUCAUAUUUUUUCACAAAUAUAGAAAAAUCAUUUUACAUAAGAAUUUUAAGUAUUUGCAAUAAAUAUAUGUAUAUAGAUUGUAUGUAUUCAUAUAUUCUUAUUUUUCAUUUUAUUAUUAAGUAAAAGAUAAUUAAAGUGGAAAUAAAAACCUUGGAGUUUUCGGUGCAUCUUGAGGUCUGACAUACAUGUGAAAGUGGUGUGGGUAAGGGCCCUCAGUUGUUGCCUUAUACUGCUAUUGGAAGAUUACCAACAGAUUGCAUAGAAAAUAGUAAAAUGAGGAAUUUGGUGAUAAAUCAGGGUAGCGUAUUUCUUUCAAAACUCUAGUAAAAAUAUUAAAUUCUCCUAAUAUGUCUGUCUCUGUGCUUUCACCCUUGAACUGUUCUCUCUCCUAACCACCUAAUGUUACUGGGAAAGUAAAAACAAAACACAGUGCAUUGUUUUUUAAUGUGCCCAUUGUUUGCUUCUAAGACAAAGAAUGGCAAGAAAAUAUCUUGGGGUGGUGGGGGCUGGAAUAGGUUUUCCUUUCUCCACAGUGGUUAAUAAUUCAUUAGCAAACAUUCACUUCCACCACCUUCCAGGCUGUAGGGUUUAUGUGAAGAAAUAAUAUUGUGAAGACAAUAGAAAACUUUUUUUCUGUUUCCCUUCUUUGAGAAGUGAGUUUUGUAGCCAGUUUUAUGUCCUUCCCAAUUGAUCUGGAGAUAGAAGGGCUAAGAGAACUUGAAUGUUGAUCUCCCUGAUGUCAGGAAGGGUGUUUAUGGAAAUGAGGACUGAGCCAAACAUUAGGAGAGGUUAACCAUACCUAGAGAUAAUCGAGUCCUGCUGUCCAAGAGAAGUCAUUUUGUGAUUGUAAAUAUUUAGUUUUAGGAUAUGAUUGAGGAAGCAAAAGGAUACCUAGAUAGUCUUUGGGAAUAAAGGCGUAUAGUCUGUUCUUUAAAAAUGAAUAAUAUAUAGCUUUAUUGGUGACCUGAAAGGAAAUAAGGUCAGAGUUUGAAGAAUAUCUUAAUGACCCAUGAAACACUUUUAAUUGUAGUUCACUAGUUCUCCCCAUAAUUCCUCAAUUGUGGUUAUUUUAACUGAUAAAAACAGCAAUUUUUGGAAAUUAGUAAGGAUACUUAAGAAGAAUGCUUCCCCCACCCCCACCCCGUAAGGCCACGCUCUGUGGCAUGCAGGAUCUUAGUUCCCCAUCCAGGAAGAGAACCCGUGCCCCCUGCAUUGGGAGCACAGAGUC